UAUGUGUGUUGCGUCGCCUACGAAAUUUAGGGUUUUCGAGUGUUUUCACGCCGUUCAUCUUCGUCUUCUAGCUUCUCAAGCCUGAGCAUUCGAAAACCAUGGGUUUCGCUGCGAUCUGGAACUCUCACCCCAAGAAGUACGGGCCUGGUUCCCGCACCUGCCGUGUGUGCGGAAACUCGCACGGGCUAAUCAGGAAGUAUGGACUUAACUGCUGUAGGCAGUGCUUCCGUAGCAACGCCAAGGAAAUCGGAUUCAUCAAGUACCGUUAAAGAUCUGGAGUUGCUUAUGCUGUUGAAGUCGUUUGUUUUUUUUCUAAAAGGUUUUGAGAUUUUUAUGUUGUACUGGAUCUUAUAAAUGUUUUAUGAUUCUGUCGUUUAACAUCUAAGCUUUUAUCAAAAAUCUUGGUUCUCUACUUCAAUUCGGUUAUUAUUUAAUCUUGCAGUUUACUCUU